GCUGCUGGCUGCAGACAAACAUGGCGAGCAGAGUCCUUCAAAGAGUGGCCACCGGCCUUCAAAGGACGAGAACCGGCUUUCAGGCUACCGUCCCGGUCACCAUCACCUUUAGGGGACUGUCAGGACUUAAAUCUCUUUUUGUGAGACAAGUCAACCCCAGAAAAGAUGCUCACUCGCAUCUUCUUUCCAAGAAAGAGGACAACAAUCUGUACAAAAUACAAUUUCAUAAUGUUAAACCAGAGUGCCUUGAUGCUUACAAUGAACUUUGCGAGGAAGUGUUACCCUCCAUUCAUGCUGAUCCUGAAUACCCCUGUGAGCUGGUGGGUACCUGGAACACAUGGUACGGAGAGCAAGACCAAGCAGUUCACCUAUGGAGAUAUCGGGGAGGAUACCCAGCUCUCACCGAAGUCAUGAACAAACUCAGGCAGAAUAAGGUGUUUAUGAACUACAGAAAUGAGAGGGGAAAGAUGCUGCUGUCUCGUAGAAAUCAGCUGCUGCUGGAGUUCAGCUUCUGGGGUGAACCCGUCCCUCGUCCCGGACCAAACAUCUAUGAGCUCCGAUCAUAUCAGCUCAGACCAGGGACGAUGAUUGAGUGGGGAAAUUAUUGGGCGCGGGCGAUUGAGAUUCGCCAGCAGAACCAUGAGGCCGUGGGAGGCUUUUUCUCACAGAUUGGAAGUCUUUACCAGGUUCAUCACUUAUGGGCUUACAAAGAUCUUCAGACCAGAGAUGAAAUCAGAAAUGCCGCAUGGCAGCGAGAGGGUUGGGAUGAGGUUGUUUAUUACACAGUUCCUCUUAUUCAGCACAUGGACUCCAGAAUAAUGAUUCCUAUGAAGAGCUCCCCUCUGAAGUAACCACCAACAGAAGCAGCCGGCGCUACAGCUACGCUAACCUGUGAAGCGUAACCAACCUCCAGAAUGUACACUGCCAGGAAAUUCAGCACAACCUGAAUACAGUUGUCCUUAUUUUGGUUCUUUAUGUAUCAUAAAUUACUCUUUCUUCUUUUAAUUUGUCUUGGUUUUAAAAAACUCGGUACAACAAUAAUCUCCAGGAAUGGAUAUAUGCUGUAAUGACUGAUUAGUCAGGGUAUGUAAGAAACAGUUACUCCCUUUGCCUUCUGGUCAUCUGUAAUCCUAUCAUGGAAAAUAUUGAAAUGAUUUGUUAGCUUUGUAGAGGAUUUAAACUGAAUCUCGCAAAUCGACCCAAACAGUUGAGCCUUAAAUAUUACGUUUCAUUAGGAGCACUGGGCUAUAUUCAGAUUUUACUCCCUUUUCUUCGUAACAAAGGUCUUUUUGU